AUGCUAUUCACUAAUUUGAUUGCCGGUGCCAGUAUCUUGGGUGCUGCUGUUGCUUCUCCUAUCCAUGGUCACAAGGACAACAAGAGAGAUCUUGUUUACGUGACUAACCGUGUCACCAGUACUGUUGUUGUUUACGGUGAUGCCCCAAUGACUUUGGCUGGUGCUUCUACCACCGUGGCUUUGGAUGCUGACCACAUUCCAACUGAAGCUACAUCUCCAAUCUCUUAUGCUGAUGUUACCAGAGGUGAUGCUGCUCCAACUGAAGCUGUUUCUACUACUGCUGACGCUCCAGAAUCUACUUCUUCUACUUCUUCUUCCACUUCUUCUGGUUCAGCUUCUUCUUCGUCUGCUGCCAGCCCAGAUUUCGGUUCUGGUUUCAAGGGUAUCACUUACUCUCCAUACACUGAUGGUGGUGCUUGUAAGUCUGCCCAACAAGUUGCCUCUGAUUUGGCCUCUUUGUCCAGUUACGGUGUUAUCAGAUUAUAUGGUGUUGACUGUAACCAAGUCGAAAAUGUCUUCCAAGGUAAGGCCAGCGGUCAAAAACUGUUCUUGGGUGUUUACUUCAUGGACCAAAUUGAAGCUGGUGUUGAACAGAUCGCUUCUGCCGUCAACUCCUACGGUUCCUGGGACGAUGUCGUUGCUGUUUCUAUCGGUAACGAGUUGGUCAACUCUGGUGCUUCCGUCGAUACCGUUUCUUCUUACGUCUCCACCGGUAGAGCCGCUUUGACUAGCGCUGGUUACACCGGUCCAGUUGUUUCUGUCGAUACUUUCACUGCUUUGAUCGCAAACCCAAGUUUGUGUGACUGUAACGAUUUCGUUGCCGUUAACGCUCACGCUUACUUUGAUCAAAACACUGCCGCUGAAGAUGCUGGUUCAUGGUUGAUGAACCAAAUUGAAAGAGUCUGGGGUACUUGUAACGGUAACAAGCAAGUUGUUAUUACCGAAUCCGGCUGGCCAUCUCAAGGUCAAACCUACGGUAAGGCUGUUCCAUCUAAGGAAAACCAAAAGAUCGCUAUCGAAUCUAUCAAGAAGACCUGUGGUGAUGCUACCAUCUUAUUCACCGCUUUCAACGAUUACUGGAAGGCUGACGGUGCUUGGGGUGUCGAAAAAUACUGGGGUGUUUUGUCCAGCGAAUAA